AUGGCCGGCGUUUGCAUCCGCUCGGUGAACAUCUUCCGUGACUUGCGACACAAUCAGAUCCGACGUGUAUUCCAAAGUUUGAAGGAGAAUCGUCUGGUUGCUGGUGGCUUCAAGAACGAGCGUGAACAUAACCGACAGCCCGGCACAUGCAAGCGCUGCUCGAGGACUGGCGCUGGCCGCGGUAUCAAUUAG